UUAAUUUGGUAAUUAAAUCAUAAACACAAUAUCUCAAUGCACAAAUGUAGUCAGAAAUUUCAACAAAUUCACAUUUGAACAUUGGACUGAAGUAAAUCAACAGAAUGUCUUCUGUGAAGGUUGCAGUACGUGUCCGACCUUUCAACAGUCGAGAGAAAAGUAGAAAUGCAAAAUGUAUUAUUGAGAUGAAUGAAGCAACAACAAUUAUAAGAAAUCCAAGGCAGCCAGGAGACAAUCCAAAAAGUUUCAAUUAUGAUCAUUCAUAUUGGUCAUUCGGUGAGCAAUCAGAAGAAAAUUUUUCAUCCCAACAAAAAGUUUACGAUGAUUUGGGGAGAGAGAUGUUGCAACAUGCAUUUAACGGAUACAAUGUAUGUAUAUUUGCAUAUGGACAAACGGGAGCUGGAAAAUCAUAUACAAUGAUGGGAAAACAAGAUGGCGGAGAUCAAGCGGGAAUUAUUCCUCAGUUAUGUGAAGAAUUAUUCUGCAGAGUUUCUGGUCAUGAAGAACAAAGUCUUAAAUUUUCUGUUGAAGUCAGUUACAUGGAAAUUUAUUGUGAAAGAGUUCGUGAUCUGCUUAACCCUAAAAAUAACAAGAAUUUGAGAGUACGAGAACACCCCCUCCUGGGGCCGUACGUUGAAGACUUAUCGAAACUUGCUGUGCAAUCUUUUUCUGAUAUCAGCAACCUGAUGGAUGAAGGAAACAAAGCAAGGACUGUUGCAGCUACCAACAUGAAUGCUACAAGCAGUAGAUCUCAUGGAGUUUUCAAUAUUAUUUUUACUCAGAAGAAAACAGAUUCUUUAACCAGUUUGGAAACUGAAAAAGUUAGUAAAAUCAGUCUUGUUGAUCUUGCUGGAAGUGAACGAGCAGAAUCAACUGGUGCGAAAGGCAAAAGAUUGAAAGAAGGAGCAAAUAUUAAUAAAUCUUUGACUACUCUUGGCAAAGUUAUAUCAGCAUUAGCAGAACAAGAUAUUGGAGUAAUAUGUGGAAAAAGUAAGAAAAAAAGAGGAGAAUAUGUUCCAUAUCGGGAUUCAGUGUUAACAUGGUUGUUAAAAGAAAAUCUUGGUGGAAAUUCCAAAACUGCAAUGAUUGCUGCUGUCAGCCCUGCUGAUAUUAACUAUGAUGAAUCUUUGAGCACUUUGAGGUAUGCGGACAGAGCAAAACAAAUCAAAUGUAAUGCAGUCGUGAAUGAAGAUCCGAAUGCCAAAUUAAUCAGAGAAUUAAAGGCAGAGAUUGAACAAUUGAAACAAGUAUUACGAGCAGAAGGAUUGUCAGAUAUAAUGACAUCUCGCAGUAUGCAACAACUCAGCAGUAUUAAUAAAAAAUUAUCUGAUAAAGGUGAAAUGACAGAUUAUGCAAUGGAUGAAGUGAGAAUUUAUGGUAAAGAGAAAGAUGCUUUUGAGCAAUUGAAGGAAUCUGAAAAAAUUAUUGCUGAAUUAAAUGAAACUUGGGAAGAGAAACUGAAGAAAACAGAAUUUAUCAGACAGCAGAGAGAGCAUGCACUUAUGGAACUUGGUGUCUCAUUGCAUCAAGAUGGAGGAACUCUUGGCGUUUUCUCACCAAAGAGAACUCCUCAUUUAGUGAAUUUGAAUGAAGAUGCACUUAUGUCUGAAUGUCUUCUGUAUUAUAUUAAAGAAGGAAUAACUAGGGUUGGUUUAUCAUCUGCUAAAGUGCCUCAAGAUAUUGUAUUAAGUGGAGAAUUUAUUGAAGAUGAGCAUUGUAUCUUCCAAAAUCAAAUAUCUGAGGAAGGACGUGCCGUUGUCAUGAUUGUCCCAUGUGAAGGAUCACAAACUUUUGUCAAUGGUAAAGAAGUUGUGAAAGCACUUGAACUCUACUCUGGGAACCGUAUUAUUAUUGGAAAAAGUCAUGUGUUUCGUUUUAUGCAUCCUGACCAAGCUCGUGCUAUUCGAGAAAAGGGCGAUGCGACCAUUGUUGAGAGUCCUAUGGAACUCGUUGAUUGGAACUUUGCUCAAAAGGAAUUGUUUGAUAAACAAGGCAUUGACAUGAAGUUGGAAAUGGAAAGACGACUAAUUGAAAUGGAAAAUCAAUAUAAAAAGGAGAAAGAAGAAGCCGAUACACUUCUGAAGAAUCAGAGACAGGAUUAUGAAAGUAAACUACAAGCAUUGAAGAAACAAUACGAAACUCAGUCUUUGAGAUCUUCAGGGAUAUUUGAAGAUAUAUUGGACGAAGAAGAAGAAGAAAUAGAAUGGAAUGAACAUGAAUUCGAGCUUGCUAGAAAAGCUUGGAAAAAAUGGAAAUCUUAUCACUUCACAUCAUUAAGAGAUGAUUUAUGGGGAAAUGCAAUUUUGUUGAAGGAAGCAAAUGCAAUCAGUGUUGAAUUGAAGAAACAAGUCAUGUUUCAAUUCACUAUAUUGACUGAUACUUUAUUGUCACCUCUCUCUGCUGAACUUCGACCUUCAUGCUUGGAUGAGUUUGGAAGGCAACGAAGUAAAACUAUCGUUGCCGUAAAAGUAUCUGAUUUAAAGAAUGGUGCAACUCAUUAUUGGUCUUUACUGAAACUGAGAAAACGGCUUGAUUUGAUGCGCAAAAUGUAUGAUCAGGCAUCUGCAUCUUUAUCUGAAAAUUCAGGGAAAGGAAGACGAGAAAAAUUUUCCGAAAAAUUUCCAUGGCUCAAUAUUACAUUCAGAUUUCCGGCCCCAAGAAUGCACUUAUCCUGUAUUCAUCCUAGUCCCGGCGAUGUGACACCACCAUGCUAUGCUGCGAGUCCUGUGAACGAAAUAUCUCCAUCAGUGUCGAUCUUGUCUCUGCCAUCUGUGGCCCAAGAUAAAUUAAGUCCGACAGAGCCAGUCAGUCAAGCAUCAACAUUCGUUAAAUCGUCAUCAAUGUCAGAUUUGGAAUAUGAGUCGGCAAUUUAUAAUCUACUGAGUCAUCAGGAUCCAUUUUAUGAUCGGACACCGUGGUUUUCCAUUGUGGGAAGAGGGUUUGUGUAUUUGACCAACUUAUUGGUUCCAACUUCAUUGGUCCACAAAAUGGCUGUUAUAAGUGAGGAUGGUAAAAUCGAAGGAUAUCUUAGAGUUGCUGUUCAGGCUAUAUCAGGUCAUCAUAGGAAAAGAAGUGAUGAUAUCAACGACAGUAAAUUAAAAUAUAAUAGCAGAAGAAGAUCGGCAACUGCCAGAAUGCUAUUUCGUGAUGAUUACAAUCAGGAUGAGGAAACUUAUGAUGAAUCUGUGGAAGAUUUCAAUAUUUUUGUUGAUACCGAAAUAGCAGGUUACGAGAGUGCAGUUUUCUGUUCAACAACUUCAUCACAAGAUGAAGACAUAAAUCUUCAUCUUCAAAAAGAUUUUGAAAGUUCACUAUAUCCAAACGACAGACCAAAGAUCGGAGACAUUUUUGAAUUCCGUAUCACGAUACUGGAUGCCAUUGGAAUUUCAUCGGAAUAUGCUGAUAUUUUUUGCCAGUUCAAUUUUAUCAACAGAAAAGAUGAACCAUUUUCAACAGAACCAAUAAACAACACAAGAAAAGGAGCUCCACUUGCUUUCUAUCAUGUUCAAAAUUUCUCAGUUGAAGUUACACAAUCAUUUCUUCAUUACAUUGCUACACAACCUAUAUUAUUUGAGAUAUUUGGUCAUUUCACUCAACAUCCUCUGCAUAACGAGAGCAGAAACCUAGAAAGUUUAUUGAAGAGAAGUAUACCACCUUCAGUUACUUUGACACAUCUGUCAAAACCAGUUCAAGUUUCAAACUCUGCAUCAUUUCAUUAUGGAUCUGAUAUUGAUGGUUUUUAUGAAGAACCUGAUUGUUCGUAUAAUCUGUUGGCCUGGUUUGAAAUUUGUGAAAUGGAACCUUGUGGCGAGUAUACACCAGUGACUGUUGAACAUUCAAGUAAAAUAAUGAACAACAGUACAUACUUAUUACAUCAAGGAAUACAGCGUCGUAUUGCUGUGACAAUAACUCAUGAAUCUGCUGUCGAAUUCUCAUGGAAUGAUGUUCAAGAAAUAGUGAUUGGACGAAUUCGAUACGAUAAACAUUCAACAGAUGAUUUAUAUUGUGAUGAGACAUCGUUAUCUCUCAGUUCAAUUCCUACUCAGAUUAUCAAGACAACAAUUAGCGACAGAACACUGUACAGAUUUGAAGCUGCUUGGGACAGUUCUCUUCAUAAUUCAUCACUUCUUAAUCGAGUGACACCAUCAAAUCGCAAAGUUUAUAUAACAUUGACUGCAAUCAUCGGCUUGGAAAACUGUGAACGUCCAAUUGUGAUUGAGAAAGAUCUUUGUUUAAAGAUUUGCAACAGAGAAGCAAAAUUAAAAUCACCAAGAACAUUGAGAAGUUUGUUCAGAGGUUGUUACUCUACAUUGGAAAGUAAUUGUGUUAGUGGUGUCUACCAACUUUCACUCAAACUUUACAACAGUAGAUCUGGAAGUCCAGGAAUGCAACGAAGACAGCGUCGAGUUCUUGAUACUUCAGCUACUUACGUAAGAGGCGAAGAAAAUUUAUCGGGAUGGAGACCAAGGGGUGACAGUCUAAUACUUGAUCAUCAAAUCCAAUUGGAAAAGUUCUCAAAAGUUUUGCAGGUCGAGAAGUCUCGUCACAUUAUGCAAGUACGCGACGUGUUGAUGAUGAGAAAAAGUUUAUCAAAAGAUAAUGAUGAAGUUGAAUACAAUGAUGAUGAAAUGAAAGAUUUAUCUCAAUAUGAACAAGAAGAAGUUCCUGAAUGUGAUCAAGGCCAGUAUGAUAAAGAUGAGGAUUCAGCAAGAGAUCAGAAGCUUGCUAGCAAGUGUUUGAAGCUGAUGCAAUAUCGUAUACCAAGCAUCUUCGACUUUCAGGAUUUGGAUGGACAUUUCCCUGACAGUGGAUUGCCAGAACAAAGUGACAGUGUUUCACCAUCUCACAGUCAAAUGCAUCAAGCAAACUCUUCUUUUGAAAUUUGUUCAUUCAGCAGCUUAGCAAGUUCUCCAGAUCAAGAGGACUCACAAUGGAAAAAUUUGAGCUAUGUGGCUAAUGUUUCUGAAGUCAGCGUCAGUCCAGUGAUUUCUCGACAAGGAUACCUUAACAUGCUAGAUUCUGAUAGCAAUAGAUGGAUUAAAUGGUGGGUUGUUGUUCGACGUCCGUAUGUAUUCUUCUACAAUUCACAUCGGGAUCCUGUGAUACGGGCAUUACUAAACUUGGGCUCUGUCACGGUUGAAUUUUCAUUACAACAAGAUAUUAUACUAAAGGUCCAACAUACGUUUGCUGUCUGCACAAAAAAUCGGGGAUUUCUAUUGCAAGCCGCUAAUGAAUGUGACUUACACAACUGGCUUUAUGCAUUCAAUCCACUUAUGGCUGGACUUAUAAGAUCAAAACUUGCAAGACGGAACACCUGCAUCAAGACGUGAAUCACGGUUUCAUAUUUGAGACAUUCUGUAAAUAUCACUUGACUUUUUCUUGUAAUUAUUAAUAUGAUUAUCAUAUAGUCAGAAAUUGUCCUUUUUCAAGCAUGAGCCACUGAUGGACCAUGCCUCACCAGCAUGUUCCAUCUGUGAUUCAAACAUAGACUCCCUAUGAAUGCACAAAUUUUCUGAUCAUGUUGAUAUUUUGAUUAAAAGAGUGUUUAACUGUUUAUUAUGUUGCACUGAAGUUCAAAUUAUAUAUGUAAAGAAGUUCCUCUCUUAUAUUUAUUGUAGUCUAUAUAUCUUUCAUAUGAUGUAACAUAAUACGAUUUUUCACACUUCAAAGUCUCUUGUUGUCUGAUUUUAGAAUCAACCUAUUUUUUUUGGUUCCGUGCAUGCAUACCCUGUUUUUGGUAAAAGUUUUUAUUAUUUUCAGUUAUAAAUUUUAACUAAAAUAAAUUUAAGAAAGUGGUAUAGUUUGAGACCUCAAUGUCAAUAAAGAUACAUUUGAGGGUUGACUCUUGACGCUGAUUCCGCAAUCCAGCUUCCGUUGUCUAUCUCAUAUUUAAAACCUUUGUUAACAUUUCAAUCUUCAUUACCUUUUUCCUGUUUCCACUUAUUUUACGAUCAGUAUUAUUUAUGUUGUAGAAUCGUUUUUGCUAUACCGGGAUAUACAAUUUUAUUUUCUGUUUCAAAUGUACUGAGGAAAUAUGUUAGUUUUUCUGUAUGUCUCAUUGUGUUAAACUUAUGCCUGUUGAUAGGAUUCCGUGUCGGACUUGUGUAGUACGAUUUAUUAGUCUACAAAUAACAUAGAGGAAUAUUAAUGUACUUUGCCUUUGCAUGACCCGUCACUUCAGCAUAUCAUAUGCCGGCCUAUCAUAUACCUAAUCAUAUCAUAUACCUAAUAGGACUGUGGACAUAUUUUUGAACUGCACUUCUAGCUAACUGCACUAGGUAUCAAUCAGAGAGGUUUCCCUGUUAAGGGCUUGUUCAUGAGUCUGCUCAAAUUGUUUAACAUUUCAAAAAUUACUUUUGAUUUUGACCAUUCUACUUUUUAAUCAUUAUCUAGGGUUAGUCAAUAAUCGGCGCUCCAGUGUGUAUACCAAUAUGGAGGUAACUAAUUUUGUUUGCCUACUUUACAUCAAGUUGUGUAAAGGGACUAAAACCUAUCCGCAGGGGUUAUAUUCACUUGGCUAACACAGACAGUCCCGAGCUCGUGAUAGAACUUAAAUGAAGAAAAUCGGAAUAAAAUUAUGGGCUAACCCUAACCUGGUACACACACUACGGGAGCACCUAAUAAUCUAGCGUUUGUGAAGUUCAAAAUUAGAAAGAUCAUAAAAUUACUACCUUUUUUUUUCGUUAUAAAAUAUGUAUUCUUGCAAACAAAAUAUUAAUGAUUUUCUUUUGUCACUGUGGUAAUUUAAACGCAUACAAUAUGGUGUUAAAAGCAAUAUUCUUUGUAUUUAACUUUUAUUGUUUAGGAGUUAUUAGUCUGAUGAUGUGUAGUCUGCAUUCA